CCAACUCAGAAACCAGGUUAAAUUCAAGAAACAAAGGGAAAAAAGAGAUUUAGGUUACUUUUAGAGGUAAAAUAGUUAUUUUCUCCCGGGUAUCUCUCUCCUCAUAGAUCAAGUUUGGAAUCAUUUGGAUUCGUUAAAACCCAAGCCAAACUUCCAACACGAUCAUAACCAGCAAUAGAACUUAACCCAACAAUAACAAUGGAGAAGCUUGAAUGCCCUUCUAAACAAAGGAAAAACAAGGCACAAAUAACCAUAGAUAUUGGAGGAUCGGUUGUGUUGGGUGGAGUAUUCGUUGUUACUAGUUUGAUUGCUGCUGCUUUUGCUGUCAAGAGAAGGAGGAGAAGAGACACCGAUAAGGAGGACUUACCGUGCAAAAAAGAAGCCAAAGGCAGUCGAGGCCUGUGUUUUACGCUUGAAAAUCCGUCCUCCACUUUCCAUCAGAAUCCAUGUUUGACAGAUGGAUCUAUAGGGAUGACUGCAGAAGAAAUCCAGGUUGAUUGUAUUGAACUGGUCUGUACUGAGAGUUUGAUUUUGGAGGAGAAUUCUGCCUGUAUGAUCAAUGACGAAAAUGAUAAUUUCACUGGCGAUGAUCAAGAGUUCCUCCUCACUGAUGAUACAAGACAAGAAAUAAUUAUUACAUCAUUUGAUGUUUGUUGUGGCAUGGAAGAACUUCCCUUGCUAGUACUUGAUAGCGAGUCGAUGAAUGAAGUGGAGGGCAAUAUCAAGAAUGAUUCCGAAGAUAACUCAUCAUGGUUGGAAAGAAUUGAAAUUAAAAGGCUGGAAGAGGAAGUAGAUACCGAAAGGAUUAUGGAAGAAGAAACUAAAUCAGUGAAUCUGGUUGAAGAAGAUGAGGAGGGAUACUCCAGCGAAGAAUAUGUUGUGGGGGAAGAGGCAGUUGGCGCUGAAAAGAUGACUGCUGAUCCGACUGUAGCAAUGCUUUGGGUUGAAGAUGAGGAGGAGGAGGAUAGCAGUGAAGAAUAUGUCAUGGACGAAGGUGAUGAGAGUUGAGAAGAAACAGGAAGCACUUCCGCUGAGACCAAUGCUGAGGUAAUUUGGCCAGCAGAGUCAGUGGAGGUAUUGUCACUGGAACUCAAGAACAUCAUGAUAAACACGCAAAGUUUGGAAUCGAAAGAGAAGAUUGUGGAGGAAGAUGGAAGUACCAAAAAUGAAGAGUUAUUCAAUAGAGGCAUUGCCACCGGAAGUAAAGAGCACCUCAGUAAACCUGCAAAGUUCAUAAUAAUCAAGUGACACGAUGUAUAGCUGACGCGAUGCAUAGCAUGAAUAGAAUCUAGCCUCAAAUUUAAAGUUACAGCCCUAACACUGAUGAUAAAUUAGAGAAAAUCUAUGAUAUUUUAUAAAAUGUCUAUAAUCUUCAAUAAAAACUCUAUUACAGCUCUUA